GUAAUUAAGUUUAUUAACCAGCUGACUUUAGCAUUGGGAGAUUAUUCUGGAUUGCCCAAGCACUUAAGAAUAGGAGAAACCGGAGAGAUGCAGCAGCAAUAGUCAGUGGUUUCAAAUAUGAAAGGGAUUUGACAUACUAUUGUUGGCUUUAAAGAUAGGAAGUCGUGGGGGCAAGGAAACUCUCUAAAGGAAAUUAAUCUGGCAACAACCUAAAUAAUUCUAGAAAAGGAUUAUUUUCCAGAGUCAAGAACAGAGCCAGGUGGUUCUUCUCUUCUAAAGACAUUUCCAUGGGCCAGUUCCACCGCAAGCUUCCCAGAGAGAAUAUGUUCUGCCGUACGGACACCGAACUUCCCCUAAGAUGGCCGCCCCAACGAUGCUCUCCCCUAAGGGCUCUGGCUCCGUUACCUGCAACGCACCGCUCGCUUAUUUUUUGUUCUAGUCCCUCUUGCUUCAGUUUUUAUACGGCUUCUAAAACGCUUCGCAUUUACAAUAAUGAUUGAGGUGCCCAGAAGUGGCUUUAAUUUUCCACUGAGCUGAGACGUCACAGCCAUCAUAACCGCUAAGAAGGGAUGCCGCGCCUUUGUGGUAAUAAUGGGUUCUGGCCUUUGAGAAGUUUGCGCCGUUCACUAUCCCCUGCGAGGAGAAGACCAACUUAUUUCUGUUCCCUGUCUGUUCAGAGGACUUCACCCCCACGCCGUGUGUGCCUGUGUGAACUCAAGCCUCUGAUAAGCUCUCCAUUUUCUGCCAGGGCUGAGGUGUCUGGAAAUCGGACAGUUUAAGAGGCCUCCGUCCACCGCGUCUCCCGGCCGUUGUGCCUUCUGUACGUCACGUACUCAAAGAUGGCCGCCCCCAGAGCGGCGAGGCGACGCCGGCGCGGACGCGUCUCCUCCUGAGGAAAAGCCGGAAGGCCGCAUUCCGCUCUCCAUGGAAACGCGGCUGACCGUCUCUGGAGGCUUAGAGGGGGAGGGAGUUGGGAGAGGGGCCCAGAAGUGGAAGAAGUUUAGGGAAGUAAGUUCAGCUUUUAAGAGGUCGCGGCGAUUCCAAGGAGAGUCAGAUGGAGUCUUGCUUUUGUCGGCCAGGCUUGAGUGCAGUGGCUGGGCUCACUGCAAUCUUCGCCUCCUGCGUUCAAGCCAUUCUCCUGCCUCAGUCUCCGAGUAGCUGGGAUUACAGUUCACAGGUCCUGGCUACCCUGGGAAGAGACAAGAAGUGAAUGAAGAAAGAGGAAGAUUCCAGGACCUUCAUAUGAUUUCUGUGGACACCCUUCACUGGUGACUGAGGUUUCUAACUAGAAAUUUAAGGCAAAUCCAGAGGAGACAAAGACAGAGUAUCCCAGGUGUUGGCCAUUUCCCACAACAGAAGAAAAUGAUCAAUGCCCAGGAAUUGCUGACACUGGAGGAUGUUACUGUGGAGUUCACCUGGGAGGAGUGGCAGCUCCUGGGCCCUUUUCAGAAGAAUUUGUACCGGGAUGUGAUGUUGGAGAUCUACAGCAACCUGCUAUCAAUGGGUUAUCAAGUCAGCAAACCAGAUGCACUCUCCAAGUUGGAACGAGGAGAAGAACCAUGGACAAUGGAAGAUGAAAGGCACAGUCGAAUCUGUCCAGAAAACAACAAAGUUGAUGAUCAUCUGCAGGAUCACUUGGAAAAUCAAAGGAUGCUGAAGAGUGUGGAACAAUACCAUGAACAUAAUGCAUUUGGAAAUACUGCCUCUCAAACCAAAAGCCUUUGUCUUUUCAGGGAAAAUCAUGAUACAUUUGAGUUAUAUAUAAAAACUUUGAAAUCAAAUUUAAGUUUAGUCAACCAGAACAAAAGCUGUGAAAUUAAGAACUCUACUAAAUUUAAUGGAGAUGGGAAAUCAUUUCUUCAUGGUAACUGUGAAGAACUUUAUUCUGCAGCUAAAUUCUCUGUAAGUACAAAAUCCAAUAGCACUAAAUCCCAAGUCAGUAAGCAUCAGAGAACUCAUGAAAUAGAAAAAAACCACAUAUGCAGUGAAUGUGGGAAAGCGUUUGUCAAGAAGUCUCAGCUCACUGAUCAUGAGAGAGUUCAUACAGGAGAAAAACCUUAUGGAUGUACUUUGUGUGCAAAAGUGUUCUCCAGAAAGUCCAGGCUAAAUGAACAUCAAAGAAUUCAUAAAAGAGAGAAAUCUUUUAUAUGCAGUGAAUGUGGAAAAGUCUUCACCAUGAAGAGCCGUCUGAUUGAACAUCAGCGAACUCAUACUGGAGAGAAACCCUACAUAUGCAAUGAAUGUGGAAAAGGCUUCCCAGGCAAGCGUAAUCUCAUUGUACAUCAGCGAAAUCAUACUGGAGAGAAAUCCUAUGUAUGUAGUGAAUGUGGAAAAGGCUUCACUGGGAAGAGCAUGCUUAUUAUACAUCAGCGAACUCAUACAGGAGAGAAGCCCUACAUCUGUAGUGAAUGUGGGAAAGGCUUUACCACAAAACACUAUGUCAUCAUACAUCAACGAAAUCAUACAGGAGAGAAACCAUAUAUAUGCAAUGAAUGUGGGAAAGGCUUCACCAUGAAGAGCCGUAUGAUCGAACAUCAACGAACUCAUACAGGAGAGAAACCCUACAUAUGCAAUGAAUGUGGAAAAGGCUUUCCCAGGAAGAGUAAUCUUAUUGUACAUCAGAGAAAUCAUACAGUAGAGAAGUCAUAUCUAUGUAGUGAAUGUGGAAAAGGUUUUACUGUGAAAAGCAUGCUCAUCAUACAUCAGCGAACUCAUACUGGAGAGAAGCCCUACACAUGCAGUGAAUGUGGGAAAGGCUUCCCCUUGAAGAGUCGGCUGAUUGUACAUCAGCGAACUCAUACUGGAGAGAAACCUUACAGGUGCAGUGAAUGUGGGAAAGGUUUCAUUGUGAAUAGCGGACUGAUGUUACAUCAGCGAACUCAUACUGGAGAGAAACCGUACAUAUGCAAUGAAUGUGGAAAAGGUUUUGCCUUUAAGAGCAAUCUUGUUGUACACCAGCGAACUCAUACUGGAGAGAAACCCUUUAUGUGCAGUGAAUGUGGAAAAGGCUUCACCAUGAAACGCUAUCUCAUUGUACAUCAGCAAAUUCAUACAGAAGAGAAAUCUUGUAUAUGUAGUGAAUGUGGAAGAGGCUUUGCCAAGGAAACUGAGCUUGCUUUACAUAAGCAAGUUCAUACUGGAGAAAAACCUUAUGGAUGUAAUGAAUGUGGUAAAGGCUUCACUAUGAAGAGCCGUCUAAUUGUUCAUCAACGAACUCAUACAGGAGAGAAACCCUUUGUAUGCAGUGAAUGUAGAAAAGCCUUCUCCUCAAAGAGAAAUCUCAUUGUACAUCAGCGAACUCAUAAUGGAAACAAACCCUAACAAUGCAAUGGACAUGUUCAUGCCUUUGGGAAGAAAAUCUGUCUUGUACAACAUCAGAGAUUUCACAGUAUAGAUUUUCUACAUGUGUACUGAGUAUGAAAAAUCAUAUUUCAAAAUCCAGUGUUAUUCACUAGGAUGAAUGCUAUCAAUGUCAGAAAGGCUUCAACAUGAAUUCAGGCUCUGAAUUCUUUGAUGUACCAAUGUAUAGAAAAUUACUCAUCUGAGAGAGAUUCUGUGGAUUGGGGGUAACCUUUCAUUUGUCAACCUUCAUUAAACUGUGACAUCGUCCACAUGACAAAUGUGUAAGGUACAUAGUCCUUUUGCAGAGAAUCUGAACUGAUUACAUACAAACAAAUUCAUGCAGAGAGAAAACCACGUUAGUAAUGUGAACUGAUUAAACAGCAGUGUGCUCCUAGCAUACAUGCAUAUAGGCAGUGUAGAGCAGCCUGUUGCUAGAUUUUCACCCUUGGAAGACAAUGCAAUUUGCAGGAGUGAAUUUUAAUGAAUGCAGAGAAUGCACUAGUGCCUUCAGUGAUUAAUUACCUCAUAUUUUAUGUCACAAUAAACAUGUAGGAAAUAAACUUGAUACAUCCAAUGCAGAAAAGUCUUGAAAAUUUUCUAAGUAACUAUGUCUUGAAAAGUAUUUACUGAGAUAAAUCUUACAAAGGGGGAGGCUAGGAAAGACUUCUAUGGGAAGAAAGACCCCAUCUCUUCAGUGAUCAUAAUAGAUCAUCAAUGAACUUACACAUACUAGCAGCAUUAUCAUGGGAAAGCCUUUGCCCAGAAAUAAAACCUUAACAGUUGGCAGAUAUAUUUCAUAUUGGAGAAAAAGUUUCAGAUGGCAGUGAAUACACUAGGAUUUCAGUGAUACAUGCUGCCUCAUCAUCAUUACUUCAUACAGAAAUAAAACUUAUGUGAAGAGUAACUUUAAAAAGGAUCAGGAAAUUCAUGGAGUAAAAAAGUCUCAUGAAAAUGAUACAUAAUGCUGGGCACGGUGGCUUGCACCUGUAAUCCCAGCACUUUGGGAGGCCAAGGUGGGUGGAUCACUUGAGGUCGGGAGUUCGAGACCAGCCUGACCAACAUGGUGAAACCCCCCUCUCUACUAAAAAUGCAAAAUUAGCCGAGCAUGGUGGCUCCUGCCUGUAAUCCCAGCUACUCUGGAGGCUAAGCCAGAGAAUCACUUGAACCUGGGAGGCAGAGGUUUCAGUGAGCCUAGAUUGCGCCAUUGCAUUCCAGCCUGGGCAACAAGAGCGAAACUCCGCCUCAAAAAAAAAAAAAAAACAUAUUUGAGGACUGUCACAAAUCUAAACUCAUGAUACACUUGAUAUCUAUUCUGUGACAGCAUACCUUGCAUCAUAUUAUCAAUGAUUCCAUAAUUGUAAAGCGGGCUGUUCUUAUCACUGAUUAAAUUUUAAUGCUAUAUAUAACACAGGUGUUUUCUGUGCCAACCUGGUGUUAUUUAUUAGUUCUUACAUAUUAUAGGCCCCAAAUUUAUUUUUUUCAAUUUACUGAUAAAUGUAAUUCAGUAUAUUUGGAUGUGUUUAUCCAAGUUAGUAGGUACCAUUAUGUAGUUUACAAAAAUGCCUUAAAUAUUAUUUUUCUAAAAUUUGUUUUGAAAUAAUUCUAGAUUCACAAGAGAUUACAAAAUAUACAAAAGUUUCCUGAGUAUUCUUUGCUUAGCAUCAUCAAUGUUAUCUUACAUAACCAUAAUAAUAAAAACCACGGAGUUCUGCUCUUGUUGCCCAGGCUGGAGUGUAAUAGCACGAUCUUGGCUCACUGCAACCCUGCCUCCCAGGUUCAAGAGAUUUUCCUGCCUCAGCCUCCUAAGUAGCUGGGAUUACAGGCACCCACCACCACAUUCGACUAAUUUUUGUAUUUUUAGUAGAGAUGGGGUUUCACUAUGUUGGCCAGGCUGGCCUUGAACUCUUGACCCCAGGCGGUCCACCCGCCUCAGCCUCCCAAAGUGCUGGGAUUACAGGCAUGAGCCACCACGCCCGGCCUCCUCUUGCUACCUCUUUAUACUCACACUGUCCUCCCAAUAUGACCCAUGGUAGCCACUGAUCCCAUCACCCUAAUUUUGUCAUUUCAAGAAUGCUAUUAAAAUGGAAUUGUAAGGUACGCAAGCUUUGAGAUAGGGCUUUGUUCACUCAGCAAAUUACCCUUAAGAUCUAUCCAAGUUGUUAGGUGUCUAAAUAGUUUUAAUUUUUGUUACUGAGUUAGUAUUCUUUUAAAUGGAUGCACCAGGGUUUGUGUAUCCAUUCACUGUUGAUGGACAUUUGGGUUGUUUCCAGUGUUUUGCUGUUAUAAAUAAAGAUGCUGUGACUAUUUGUGUACCC